UUUACUCUAUGGUUUCUGCUGCUGCCUUCAACAAACAAUCCUUCCACCCAUUUCCAGUGAUUUUCAAGCCGUUUGCUACAAAUAUCUAACAGAAAUGACAUCGAAAACCGAAAAGGACCGGGCCAAACAGAUCCAGGACCGAUGUCAGAACAUAUUAAUGGUUAUGCUGAAGGAUGAAGACAACAAAUAUUGUGUUGACUGUGAUGCUAAAGGACCGCGCUGGGCGUCAUGGAACCUUGGUAUAUUCCUGUGCAUCCGCUGCGCCGGCAUCCAUCGGAACCUGGGUGUGCACAUCUCCAAGGUCAAGAGCGUCAACCUGGACUCCUGGACCCCGGAGCAAGUGGUAUCCCUCCAACAAAUGGGUAACUCCCGCGCGCGCGCCGUGUACGAGGCCAACCUGCCCGACUCGUUCCGGCGGCCGCAGAACGACUCCUCUCUGGAGGCCUUCAUACGCGCCAAGUACGAACAGAAGAAGUACAUCGCCAAGGAGUGGGUGCCGCCCGCCCCGCCCAAGGUCAACUGGGACAAGGAAAUCGAUGAGGAAAUGGAAAGGCAAAAACGGAAAAAGAAGUCGACCUCGUCGGGACUGGGCCCUCUGCCCGCGCCCACCAACGACAACAAAUACAACAAAUCGGACGUAAUUCCGAGCAUACCAAAGCCCAAAUCAUCAGUCAGCCCAAAGCUGGGCCGAAACACGCCCACGGCCCAAGCGGAGUCCCCCAAGCCCACCAGCUCCGCUGAUCUCCUCGGGCUGGACACCUCCAAGCCCGAAGCCAAGCAAGAUGACAUCUUCUCCAGCUUCUUCUCCGCUCCCCAACAAUCUAUGGAACCUCCUAAAGAAGUUAAACCCGACUUGAAGACAGAGGAAGAAAAUUUCUUCAAACAGCCUGCCCCGACUGAAAAGGAAAAGAACAAACUAACUAAAGAUAGUAUACUAGCUCUAUAUAGCAAGACUCCUUCUAAUUUAGGAAGCCAAUUCAAUCAGCAAAGUUUCAUCGCGCCGGCGCAGAGUCAGUUUAAUCAAACACAGUUUAAUCAACCAGCUCAGUUUAAUCAGCAACCAGCUAAUCAGUUCAAUUCAACCAAUUUUAAUCAACCGCAGUUCACUCAACAGCAGAAUCAGUUCGGUUUCGCUAACGCGUUCCAAUCGCAGCCUUUUAACAAUGCUCCUCCACAAAAUGGAAUGCCACAACAACAACAAUUGAACCAGUUUCAAUCGAUGCCCGGGCAGUUUCAGCAGCCCUUCCCACAACAACAACAGUUUAACUCCGCCCAGCAGCAAGCGUUCCCUCAAAAUAACCAAUUUUUCAACCAGCCUCAACAACAGCCGCUAUCUCAGCAAUUCGGCUCCUUAAACUUAGGUCAGGGUUUCUCUAGCGCGUUUCCGAACGCCAAUGUUGCCAGCAAUAGCACUUGGCAGUAACUUGUUUUUAGAGACGUUCCUACACGUUAUUAUUUUUAUGUGAUAGUUUGUUUUAUCUAUGGAACAUUUGUUAUCUGUGCAAAGGAGCUGAUUUCUUUUUGAUUGUACUGGAGGACAAUAAUAUGAAUACACGUAGUCGCGAAUUUGCCGUUGACCAUGAAUUAUUUAGCUCGUUAUAUUGCUAUUAAAGACUUCACUAUUUCAGAAAUGCUCUAGAUAUAAUUAAAUACUUAGCAAAAAGACGUGUAAAGAUCGUGUAAUUCGGCUGACAUAUGGAGUAUUUUGUGAUGUUCUUUAAGUUGUCUCCAACUUAUCGGUAAAUUCGCAUAUUGUCAAGGAUUGUAAAUAAUUACAAGCAAACUUACUUUUUAAUAAGAGGUGUAAGUAUUGGUCCUAUUUAAUUUGUGAUUUACAUUAGACGUGCCACAUGUAUUGUCUGGUUGCGAGCACUUUGAAUCUAACGCACUGUUUAUUGUGUUCGUGUAUUUAAACUAAUGUAUGUAAAUUUUGAAGGUACUCGAUAUUGUUUCAUAUGAAUACUUACACUUCAUAUAUAUGUGAUUUGCCAAGAUACUUACUUCAGGUGCAUUGGGGUAACAAUGGAAAACAAGUAAUUUAGAAAAUCGCAAAUAUAUUCUAAACUUAUACUAUUCAAAACAGGAGGUUUAAAUGUUCAUUUAUAAUAUAUUUAAAUAAAUAUAUUACAUUUUGUGUUAAGCAGAAAUGUCUUCAAACUAUGCUAUUAAGCUUAGAAAUGCAUUAAAAGUGGAAAAAUUCACCGGUGUCUAGGGGCGCCUCCCUAAGGCGCAUAUAGUGGAAAUAUUCGCUGUCCUCUGGUGUAGUCUCGGUAGCUCAGUUGGCUGAACAUGGGCUAGUGAUCCAGUUUCGAGGGUUCGAGUCUCACCAGAGACAGUGAAUUUUCAAGUUUUAAAUAUAUUUCUAAGCUUAAUAUUUAGUAGAUACUUAUGAUUUCUAAAAUUAUCCGCUUUCCCGAAGUUGUCCUAUACAUACUGUGAUAACUAAUAGCAUUUCUUGAGAGGAAUAAUUUGAUGACGCAGAGUCGGUGCCUUUCGUUAUCACAAUAAAUACUUAAAUUGUAUAGUUGCCUACACAUGUUAUUCGGUUUGUGGGUCUGUGGUUCAUAGCCGAAAAACUUCCACUGCUGUUUAAAACACUUUUCCUUGUGAUUAUUACCAGAUCAACCCAGCUUCACCCAAAUAAAAUGUGUAGGUCUGUAUUUUAUAGAAUAGAUUAUUUUAUUAGUUUAUUUUUUAAGUAAACUUCGAAGUUAAGAACCUAUUAACCUCGUCUUAAAUUGUAGUCAUUAUUGUACUUCUAAAAUCGUCCUGAUUCAGAGCCACCAAAUUGUUUCAAAUGUCUAAAACGGUUAAAAAUUGAGUCAUGACAUGAUCCUAAACUUGGUGUAAUGGCAAUUGCUCAAAAAACUGCUACCCAACAGCAAUUUCGAGAUUAGGGAGCCAUACGGGUUCCGUGCUUAUAAAACUUGAAAAAAUAUAUGUCGAAAUCUUCUUACAAUUCAUGAAAAUGCCUCGCACAGCUAAACUGUGGAAUGGUCGACAGCCCGCGGUAUUCCCGGACCGAUACGGCUUCAAACCUUCAAGAAAAGUGCGUAUUUACUCCCACCUUAAAUGCCGGCAACGCACUUGCAGCCCACUGGUGUUGCAGGCGUCCAUGGGCGACGGUAAUCGCUUACCACCUCCUAUAUAAUAAAAAAGUUACGUAGUUCUGAUCUCGGGUAGAUUAAUGAUUAUAGUUAGUAGGUUCGAUGCUAUGAUAUAAUUUAAUUCAGUAUUUGAGUCCAUAUUUUUUUUAUAUUAAUUUUAUAAAUUGGUUUAAAUAAAUUUUAUUUACAAUAAUUUUGGACUGA